AUGCCUGGCAACAUUAGCAAUAUAGGUGUUUUUCAUUAUCCUCCUGAUCAUCCAUCAAUUAUAAUCCCCAACCUCUCUAUUUUCACAUUUCAGAUACCCAAGAAGCGUCGCAUUGUUGCACGCGUUCAGUGUCGCAACAUCAAGAACGAAUGCCCGCCGGCUAAAUGCGAUGAUCCCAUCUCAUUGCCUGGCAAAUGCUGCAAGACCUGUCCAGGCGAUCGUAACGAUACGGAUGCUGCUUCGGAUGUGCCAGUGCCCAGCGAGGAAGAGGAGCGCAACAUGAAACAUUACGCUGCGCUGCUAACGGGUCGCACAUCGUACUUCCUGAAGGGCGAGGAAAUGAAGUCCAUGUACACGACAUACAAUCCACAGAAUAUCGUGGCCACCGCUCGUUUCCUGUUCCACAAGAAGAAUCUGUAUUAUUCAUUCUAUACAUCGACGAAAAUCGGUCGACCACGUGCCAUACAAUUCGUCGACGAUCGCGGCGAUAUACUCGAGGAGCAUCAGCUGGAGACGACCCUCAGCGGCACCCUGAGCGUCUAUCAGAAUGCCACCGGCAAGAUCUGCGGCGUCUGGCGGCGUGUCCCGCGCGACUACAAGCGCAUCCUGCGCGACGAUCGCCUCCACGUGGUGCUGCUCUGGGGCAACAAGCACCAGGCCGAGCUGGCCCUGGCCGGCAAGAUAGCCAAGUACACGGCAUUGCAGACGGAACUGUUCAGCUCCCUGCUGGAACCGGCGGCGACCAACGGCAAGACGGAUCCCCAACUGGCCGGAGCCGGCGGCACGGCCAUUGUGUCGACGAGCAGCGGUGCGGCGAGCUCGAUGCACUUGACCUUGGUCUACAAUGGCAUCUUUGGCGUGGAGGAGUAUGCCGAUGCCGGGCUGAGUGUUCGCAUCGAGCUGCCGGAGCGCAAGGAACUGAUCCUGGACGAGGUGUCGCGUGUGCGCAAGCCAUCGGCCGAGAUCAAUGUGCUGGAGCUGUCCUCGCCCAUUUCCAUACAAAAUCUGCGCCUGAUGUCGCGCGGCAAACUUCUGCUGACCGUGGAGUCCAAGAAGUAUCCGCAGCUGAGGAUCCAGGGACACAUUGUGACGCGUGCCAGCUGCGAGAUCUUCCAGACGCUGCUGGCGCCGUCGCACGGCAACGAGCUGAGCACACGGAGCAGCGGCCUGGCCUGGGUCUAUCUGAACACGGACGGUUCGCUGGCCUAUAACAUUGAGACGGAUCACGUGAACACCCGGGAUCGUCCGAACAUUAGCCUGAUCGAGGAGCAGGGCAAUCGCAAGGCCAAGCUCGAGGAUCUGACGCCCAGCUUCAAUUUCAACCAGGCCAUCGGCAGCGUCGAAAAGCUCGGACCCAAAGUCCUGGAGUCUCUCUACGCCGGCGAGCUGGGCGUGAAUGUGGCGACGGAUCAUGAGGCGAGUCUGAUACGCGGCCGCCUCGUGCCACGGCCCGUGGCCGAUGCCCGCGACUCCGCCGAGCCCAUUCUGCUCAAGGCGCACGUGGAGCAUGGCCAGAGCCAGGGCCAGGGCAUGGGCAUGGCCUGGAUGGCGAUCGACAACGAAUGCAAUCUCCAUUACGAACUGACGCUGAGCGGCGUGCCGAACCAAGAGCUGCAGCUGUACCUGGAGGAGAAGCCGAUCGAGGCCAUCGGAGCGCCCGUGACCCGGAAGCUGCUCAAAGAGUUCACGGGCAACUACAUGGAGGGCUUCCAGCUGUCGAUGCCCUCCGCGGAGCUGAUCAAGCUGGAGACGAGCGUUUGCUACCUGGAGCUGCACUCGAAGGUGAAUCCGCGCCUGCUGCUGCGCGGCAAGUUGAAGUCGACCAAGGUGCCAGCGCACUGCUUUCCCAUCUACACGGACAACAAUGUGCCGGUGCCGGGCGACCAGAAUGGCAAUCAGAUGCUGAGCACCGAGAGCAACUGCUACCAUUCGGGCCGCUUCUACAACGAGUCGGAGCAGUGGCGCAGCGCCCAGGACACCUGCCACAUGUGCGCCUGCCAGCGCGGCCAGGCCAACUGUGAGCUGAUCAAGUGCCCGGCCCUGAAGUGCAAGGCGGGCGAGCAGCUGCUGCAGCGCGAGGGCGAGUGCUGCCCCAGCUGCGUGGCCAAGCCGGCCGACUGGGCCCAGGCCCAGGCCAGCUCGCCGGCGAUCAAUGCGAGCGAUCUGCUGCAGCAGCGCCGCGGCUGCCGACUGGGCGAGCAGUUCCAUGCCGCCGGCGCCAGCUGGCAUCCGUUUUUGCCGCCGAACGGCUUUGACACCUGCACCACCUGCAGCUGCGACGCCCAGACUCUGGAGGUGCGCUGCCCCCGCAUGGUCUGCCCGCCGCUGCAGUGCAGCGAAAAGCUGGCCUACCGCCCCGACAAGAAGGCCUGCUGCAAGGUGUGCCCGGAGGGCAAGCAGAGCAACCACGGCGCCAGCAGCAAGCACCAAGCGCCGGCCAAUCACAACGAGCUGCACGAUCAGGCCGUCCAGCGUACGGCCGCCCACAAUGCCGAGGAGGUGCUCGCCGCCGGCGGCUGCAAGGUGGUCAACAAGGUAUACGAAAACGGACAGGAAUGGCAUCCCAUCCUCAUGUCGCACGGCGAGCAGAAGUGCAUCAAGUGCCGCUGCAAGGACUCGAAGGUGAACUGCGAUCGCAAGCGCUGCUCCCGCUCCACCUGCCAGCAGACGCGCGUCUCCAGCAAGCGACGUCUCUUCGACAAGCAGACGGGCGUGGCCGAGCUGGUGGGUGGCGCUGCCCAGCCCAUUGACGAAUGCUGUUCGACGCAAUGCCGACGCUCGAGGCGACACCACAAGAGGCAGCCGCAUCAUCAGCAGCGCGCCACAAGCUGAGCGGGCGAGCGAGAGAGAGAGAGAGAGAGAAAGAGAGAGCGAGCAUCAUGUAAACUUGUAUUAUAGAUAGACAGAAAGAGAGGCCAAGCGCAAGAGCAAGCGAACACAGCGAGAAAGAGACGGCAAACAUA